AUGCCAUCCACAAAGGCCUGGUCUAACAUGCGGCCAAGGCGAUUCUGGUGGUACUCGGAUGAUGAUCGGCAGCACGGCCAAGCGAAAGUCGGGCUCGGCGGCGGAGCUUCGUUCACUGAGGAUGGAGUGUGCCAACAUCUCAUCAUCAGAAAUCGGCAGGAUUUCGUCUCGGCGCUUGGCUCGGCGCGCGGCACGCACAAGAAAUCUGACAGUUGA